AGAAGGGACUGUAUUAGGAAUCUUGGAAGCACUGCCAACAUGUCUGAUGUUCAAGAAGCCACUAACCAACUCUUGGAUGUGAACCUUGAUGAGAACUGGAGGUCUAUACAAGUGACAGGAAGUGAUCCCAGAAGUGAGUCUGAGCACCUCCAAGUCACUGUUGGAGCCACUGUACCUACUGGUUUUGAGCAAACAGCUGCAGAUGAAGUGAGAGAGAAAUUGGGGUCAUCAUGCAAAAUCAGCAAAGACCGGGGCAAGAUAUAUUUUGACAUUUCAGUGGAAAGUCUGGCUCAGGUUCAUUGUCUGAGAUCAGUUGAUAACUUAUUUGUGGUUGUUAAGCAGUUUAAAGAUUACCAGUUCAAAGAAACAAAGGAAGAAGUUCUAAAGGAUUUUGAAGAACUGGCUGGGAAGCUUCCAUGGUCAGACCCUUUAAAAGUAUGGAAAAUUAACACCAGUUUCAAGAAAAAAAAAACAAAGCGCAAAAAGAUGAAUCAGAGUUCAGGUAAAGAGAAGAUUGAUAAUGGACAAGGAGACAAGACAGAUGAGAAAGAUGAUAAAAAAGGAUUCACUAACAAUACCUUAGAUUCCCAUAUCUUAGACUAUUAUGAAAAUCCAGCCAUCAGAGAAGAGAUAUCAACAUUAGUAGGUGAUGAUUUGGCAUCUUGCAAAGACGAGAAGGAUGAAAGUUCAAAAGAAGAAACUCAUCCUGAAGUGCUGAAGUUUAGAGUCACAUGCAACCGGGCAGGAGAAAAACAUUGCUUUUCCUCAAAUGAGGCUGCAAGAGAUUUUGGGGGUGCUGUUCAAGAUCACUUUAAGUGGAAGGCUGACAUGACCAACUUUGAUGUGGAGGUUCUUUUGAACAUCCAUGAUAAUGAAAUUGUUGUGGGCAUUGCAUUGACAGAAGAGAGUCUCCACCGAAGAAAUAUCACACAUUUUGGACCUACAACACUUAGAUCUACUCUUGCCUAUGGGAUGCUUAGGCUCUGUGCUCCUCAACCUACUGAUAUAAUAGUUGAUCCGAUGUGUGGAACAGGAGCAAUACCAAUUGAGGGGGCUACUGAAUGGUCUAACUGUUAUCAUAUUGCUGGUGAUAAUAAUCCGUUGGCUGUGAAUAGAGCAGCAAAUAACAUCUCAUCUUUAUUGACCAAGAGCCAAAUUAAAGAAGGCAAAGUGUCCUGGGGCUUGCCCAUAGAUGCUGUUCAGUGGGAUAUCUGCAAUCUGCCAUUGAGAACUGGCUCUGUGGACAUUAUUGUAACAGACAUGCCAUUUGGAAAAAGGAUGGGCUCCAAAAAGAGAAACUGGAACCUUUAUCCAGCUUGCCUACAGGAGAUGAGCCGUGUCUGUAGACCAGGGACAGGCCGAGCUGCACUACUUACUCAGGACAAGAAAUGCUUUACCAAGGCAUUAUCUGGAAUGGGACAUGUUUGGCGGAAGGUACAUACUGUCUGGGUGAACAUAGGGGGUCUUCAUGCAGCAGUUUAUCUUCUGAAACGUACACCUCAAGCUUUUGUUCAUCCUUCAGAACAAGAUAGGGAAAGAACUCCUUGGUGAUGCAAAGAAUGAAGAUGGUUAAUGGUAUUUGUGCCUCCCAACACUGGGAAUGUCAGCAUGAAGAACUUGGUUUGAGAGAAAAACAGUGUUAAUAAAAUUGCAGUUUGCAGUUUAAAAA